AUGGUUUAUCUUGUUGUAUUAGAAAAAUUCUCAAGAAGAAAACUUCUAAUAUUCCUUAUUAUUCUACUGAUUAUUCAAAUAAUCUACUUUCUUCUUGGUGGUCUCAAUGGAACAAAACCAACAUAUGCUACUCUUCAUGAAUUUACUUUAUGCCAAUCUAAAGUCGAUCGUCAAUGGAUUUAUGAUAGUCCAGAAAAAAAUUGUAAUGAAGAACAUCUCGAAUUUGAGCGCGAAAAAAGUUGGAAAGAUUUUGUCUAUAUCAUUCAAUUACCACGUAUUACACGAUGGUUUCAAACAUUAACAUCAAUCAUUGUACCACGUAUCGAAUAUGAUUCGCGGGUUAAUUUGAGUGCAAAUGCAAUCUUAACAUAUAAUGUUCGGCUUGGUUAUAAAACUGAUCAAAUGUUUAAAGAUUUGAAUUCCGAAUGGCAAUUAGUCGCUGAAUCGCAAGAAUCUCGUUCUAUCCAAUGCCGGCCAAUAUUUCAUUAUGGAACCAAAAAUAAACAUAUACCUGAUGGAUACACAUGCGAACCAUUAGCUUUUCUGGAAUUAUCUACAUUGAAAUACCCAUACUAUUUAAUUAAUUUACAAAUAGUUGAUAAAAAUGGUCUGUCGCAAGAUAUUGGUAAACUUAAAUCAUUUGACUUCGUUGGUAUUCAUCAAACAGAAAAGUUUACGAAAUUAUGGUAUACAUUGAAAACAAUGACAUUUCCUAUUGUUCUUGCCAGUCUCAUUUGGUUUUGUCGACAAAUGAAACGUGCACAAAAAACUUAUACAAAUCUUGACAAAUUAAUAUUCUUACUUGGCCUAUCAGCAUGUAUACUCAAUGCUCCCAUAGAAUGGUUAACACUUGUAAUGCCUUUCAAUGGUUUUCAAAUCUACAGUGAAAUUCGCCAAGGAUUUUUUCUUACUGUUCUUUUGACUUUCUGGCUAUUCUUUGCUGGUGAACAUGUUGUUGAUAAAAGUGCUAAUCAUGGUUUAUUUUCAUAUGGAAAAUAUAUUGUUUUACUUUGGUUUGCUUCAUGCGCUUUACUCAUUUUUGAAUUAUGUGAACGAGGAUUUCAACUUUGGAAUCCAUUUCAUUCAAUAUGGUCUACACGUGUUGGCCGUAAUGUCAGUUUAACGUUUCUUAUACUUGCUGGUUUAUCCAGUUUUACCUAUAUUAUUUGUCUUACUGUACUUGUUGUACGUGUUUUCUGGAAUAUUCGUAGUAAACAAGGUGAACUUGCAGCAAUGCGCCGUAUUCGACGCUUGAUAUAUCAGGGAGCAUUUUAUCGAUUUCAAUUUAUGUUAUUAACAACGAUACUCUGUGCUAUAAUUACAAUUGUUUCAUAUUAUCUAAGUCAACUUGAUGAAACAUACUGGGUUUGGAAUACAGAAAAACCAGCUAAAAUUCAAUAUUCAGGAGCAUUUAUAACUGGAGUCUAUGGUAUGUUGAAUAUAUAUGUUUUUGCUAUUUUGGUACUUUUCUCACCAGUAAUCUCAAAUGUAGAUGAUAUGGAUGAAUUAACAUUGGCCAGUGAUGAUGGGAAUGUUAUGCAUUUAACUAAUAAUCAAACAUCUGCUUAUCAAAUGAUUAGUAAAGCAGCUAUCAGUUAA